ACAGCGCCCGAAGCUGGAAUUUCUUGGGUAGUCGGACUUGCAAUUAGCGGAACUUGUUGGUGGUGCCCUGAAGGCUCAUCGAGGCUGCACGCGGCUAGUUGCUAAGCAAAAGAAUCUUUGGUCAACUGCCACCUGAAUCAAAGCAACAGGAACCCUGCAUUAUGCCUCAUAUUGACAAUGACGUGAAACUAGACUUCAAGGAUGUCCUGUUGAGGCCCAAACGCAGCACCCUUAAGUCUCGAAGCGAGGUAGAUCUCACAAGGUCCUUUUCAUUCCGGAACUCAAAGCAGACGUACAGUGGCAUCCCCAUCAUCGCUGCCAACAUGGAUACAGUGGGCACUUUUGAAAUGGCUAAGGUUCUCUGUAAGUUCUCCCUUUUCACUGCCAUCCAUAAGCACUACAGCACCCAUCAGUGGCAAGAGUUUGCUAGCCAGAAUCCUGACUGUCUAGAGUAUCUAGCUGCCAGCUCAGGUACAGGCUCUGCUGACUUCGAGCAGCUGGAACAAAUCUUGGAAGCCAUUCCCCAAAUAAAAUAUAUAUGCCUGGAUGUGGCUAAUGGCUACUCGGAACAUUUUGUUGAAUUUGUAAAGGAUGUACGGAAGCGUUUCCCCCAACACACCAUCAUGGCAGGAAAUGUGGUAACAGGAGAGAUGGUAGAAGAGCUAAUCCUCUCUGGGGCUGACAUCAUCAAAGUGGGAAUUGGUCCUGGCUCUGUUUGUACAACUCGCAAGAAAACUGGAGUCGGCUACCCACAGCUCAGUGCAGUGAUGGAGUGUGCAGACGCUGCUCAUGGCCUCAAAGGCCAUAUAAUUUCAGAUGGAGGCUGCAGCUGUCCUGGGGAUGUGGCAAAGGCUUUUGGAGCAGGGGCUGACUUUGUGAUGCUAGGUGGCAUGCUGGCUGGGCACAGUGAGUCAGGUGGUGAACUCAUUGAGAGGGAUGGCAAGAAAUACAAGCUCUUCUAUGGAAUGAGUUCUGAAAUGGCCAUGAAGAAGUAUUCAGGAGGCGUGGCUGAGUAUAGAGCCUCAGAGGGAAAAACAGUAGAAGUUCCCUUUAAAGGGGAUGUGGAACAUACUAUUCGUGACAUCCUAGGAGGCAUCCGGUCUACAUGCACAUACGUAGGGGCUGCUAAACUGAAGGAAUUAAGCCGGAGAACUACUUUUAUCCGAGUCACCCAGCAAGUGAAUCCAAUCUUCAGCGAUUCCCGAUAGACCUAAGAGGUCUACUUUCCUGAGCUAGCAACUUGGCCACUGGAGCCUCCCAGAAGGGCUUCUCACCCAUCCCUGCUACUGUGGCUGUGUUACUUAAUUUGGUUCCUAUCCUCUUACUCCUGAGUGCUCCUGCAGUCACAUAUGCUUCUGUAUCUGCACACACAAAAUGCUAACGGCACUCAAUGGAAAGGGGCAAGGAAGAAGAUGUGAUCGACAAAUGGGAAUCUGGGGAUAGCACCCGGAAGAUUAGAAGGAAAAGAUUCUGAUUGAUACAUAAAUGCUAUCCUUGAUCUGGAAGAGAAGGCUUUUGAAAUCAUGUAAAUCAGCUUCAUUAAAUGAGAUUAUCAGAUACCUAAACA